CAAUUUAGGUGUUUACACAGUGAGUUUAGGAACUUUUGUCUCCUGCUGUGGGUUGUUCCUGGGCAGAAUCUCAGGCAGAUCGUGUUUUCUCUCGACUUCUGUUCCCACAACUUUGUAAGAGACUAUUCUCCUGUUGAGCUUUCUAUUCUUCUAUAAAUUCCACUUAUAGUCCUGAUAUUGCUUUUAUCAGUACGUUACACUAAAAAUGAGGGGCAGUGCUGAAGUAGUACCCCUUUUAGGUGGUGUUUUGCUUUGGGAAUGAUUUUGUGAGUAUAAAAACGUUCUAGAUUCCAUUGCCAGCAUCUGAGAUGUGCCCGAGGUUAAAAAAAAUAAAAGGAAUAAUAAAAGCAUGUUAUGUAAGUAGUACAUGUAUCUAUGUGUGUGUUUACAAUAGAUUCAAAGUGAUGGGACAAGUUCUCUUGAGUGGGCUAUUGUUCAGUAACAGCAGGGGGUGCCAUUAAAAGUACCAAUAAAGACUGGGAUUAGGGCAAUUCACAGAGCAGAGCUCUGAACCAUUGCAGUAAUUUUGUGUUGUGGCAGCAUUCAGAAAUCCCAGCUGCAAAUCACAUUACACAAAGAGAAAGCCAGUCCUUGGCCUCAAAAGAUGACACAGGUACAGCAAGCAAUUUGUAAGAGGAAGGAACAGAGAGGAAGCCAAUUGUCUAAUGUUACAUAGGUUAGGCCAGAGCUCAGUUUCCAGACAGCAACUGGCUUUAAAUGUUUUGUCUCUGUUAUAAUAAGUUUUCAUUAUGAAUUGAAUCUUUCCUGAUUAUGGAAUAAUUUUCUAAGUACUAGCAAUAAUGUUUGAUGUAUAGUAUGCAGAACCUGUAUUUAAUAUGUAACAAGAAUAAACAUUGAAAUAUUUUGAAAUGGGAGAUCUAAAUAAUUCCAGCUGGAAGUGUACAGUUAUUUGAACAUGUCUACACGAGGUAUCAUAUGUUCUGUAAUUGUACAGUAGGAAUUCAAUGGAGCUUAAUUUACUUGGAAUUUGUAGUGCUGGUUGAGGCAACUGACCAUCAUGGUUUAUUGCACUGCUUUGAAAGAGCUCUUGCAUUUUAUGUUGUCAUUAUGUUACUUUUAAGUUAGUGCUGUUAUUUCAAACCAGCAUAAUGAGAUGAAAAGCAAUUGGCAUUCACCCCUGUAAACAAGAUCUUAGUGCUAAAUUCAGAUCCCUGCUUGAAGGUAUCUAUAAAAUACCAUGCUUAUGGAAGGUCUCAUAUCAAGGAAAAUGGCCAUCUAGUUUAAAGCUGCCUCAAAAUAUUUUUGUCAUGAAAUGACAGAACAGCAGCUUCAACCACAUUUUUACUCUUUUGGAAAGGAAUGGUUUCUUACCUUAGAUAUGGGAGCUCUGACAAAAUGAACAUAAGGUAAGUGGCCAUUAAAAAUGGGACACUUCAAUUGCAAUUAAUUACAGAUUUGAACACCAGCCUCUUCUGUCUCUCACAAUUUUGCUAACCAACAAGUUGCUUCAGGCUGAUUUCUUGAAAAUGUAUUUUCAAUAUACAUAUGCACAGAAAAGGGUUUUUUGUUCAAUUGUGAGAUACAACAGAAAACAUUCUUCCAAUGUAAAUACCGCUUUUGUUCAGAUUUUUGUGAACAUGAUUUCUUUGUCCAGUUCUAUAAAAAAGUGACAAAAUAUCAAGCUUCUCAUCUGACUUAACCCCAACAAAACAUAACAAAAACUGAACAAUACCAACAACAAAGAAACUCAACCCCAAAAAAGCAGCAUGGUCCACUCUGUAUAGUCUGUCAGUAACGUUUCAAUCCUCUGUGUUGGCUUAUUGAUGUCUUUCUGAUCAUAGUCUAGCAAACCUCACUUGCACAUUCUUUGUGUUUUUUCCACCUCACCUUCUUUCUGCUACUGACUGUUAUUAAAAUAAUUGUACCUAGCAAACACAGAAAAAUAUUAUAAUCCUGCACAAAAUUAGCAAUAGCUGGGGAUGCAGCUGAUGGUACCUGGGUAUAUUGUGUUAUCACAUAUUGGCAACAACAGCAGCUGCUAGAGACACUUGCCAUUUGUUGGGACAGACCUGCUGGUUUACAACUCUGUAAUUCACGUGAAUUACAGUUUUUUGCAUCUUUCUGAAAAAGGUGACAAAUAUUUUUUUGCUCAAUAUGAUGAAAAAAGCCAUCCUAGCAGGCAUCUAACUCUAACCUUUGCUCUUAGAUUUGUUAAUCUUCCUUAAGGUGUGUGUUUCAUGUGGUGCCAAGCAUAGCUGUUAAUCAAUUUAGCUUUUUUGAGACAUUUCACAACAAUCAAAUAAAUAUUAAUAUUUGUGUAUAUAUAGAACUAUUCACACAGCCUUUUUGUGGAGCAAUUAUUAAUAAAUCAUGUGCUAAUUAAUGGCUGUUAGUAUGUAUAUUCCUGGCAUGUCUUAUUACACAUGCAGAAGAGGAGGGUUGGAAAAUGGAUUUUAGCUUUUGUUCAUUCUAAAUAUUUCACUUUAAAAUAACACUCUCUAAUUCCUGGAAGUGUUAAUGCAAACAUUAUAUCAAUUUGGUCAGGGAAAGAAUUUUCUCUUUCCAGAAAUAUUUGGGAUCAUAAAAGCAAAGUGUAUAACCUGAAGUGUUGGACCUGGCUUCAGGUCCUGAUGGUGACAAUGUGAAGACUCAGUUACUGAGUAAUGUAGCUAAAAUCUGUGAUCAUUACAUUUUCCCCCAAAAUUGCAUACUAGAUUUGCAAUACCAUUUGUAGAAAGGCUUUUUUUUCAGCAAAACUUGUUCUUUCUGAAAAAAACACCCAACCUGCUUUCAGUCAGAACAUCUCCAUCAGUCUGAAUGAAUAUUUUAAUACAAAGGGUUGAAUGUAUCCACUGGAAAACAACUGAUUUUAUUGUAAGUUGCAGUAACAGAAAAAUAUUAUAAAAAAUUAGUUUUCUGCAUUGUGCUGUAGGAAGAGAUGACUGAGAUUUUUUUCUAAGGGAUAUAGCAAAUGUGAAUCUUUUUAAUGGGCUAGUUACUGUGGUGUUACAUAAAAAGGGAUGCUUAAAGUUGGACUAAGAUUUAAUUAAACAAUCUCAACAAUAAAGCCUCACUGGCACUAUGGUAGCCAUGCUAAUUUUUCUGGUGCUUCUAGGCCUAAGUCCCUCUCAAGUGAGUUGCUGAGAGAAAAAGUUCUGCAGCUGCAGCACGAGCAUACAACAAAACCACUUCAGACAGUAAAAUCCAGGCUGUUUCCAGCUAUGUAAUGUUUUUCGGACCCAUGAGAUGGAAAUUGAGCAGUGCUUGCUGGAGUCCCUCCCCCUCGGCCAGCGGCAGCGGCUGGUCAAGCGCAUGCGCUGUGACCAAAUAAAGGCGUACUACGAGCGAGAAAAAGCUUUCCAGAAACGGGAGGGCUACGGGAAGAAGCUGAAACAUGGAAAGAACCAACGAGUUUGUUUUAAUCUUGCUGAUAUGAUACAGGAUGCAAUCAUACGUCAUGAUGAUAAAGAAGUGCUACGGCUGUUGAAGGAUGGUGCUGACCCUCAUAUGCUUCUUUCCUCAGGAGGCUCCUUGCUCCAUCUGUGUGCUCGCUAUGAUAAUGCAUUUGCUGCAGAAAUUCUAAUUGACAGAGGAGUAAAUGUAAAUCAUCAAGAUGAGGAUUUUUGGACAUCAAUGCACAUAGCCUGUGCCUGUGAUAAUCCUGAUAUAGUCCUGCUACUGCUACUAGCUGGAGCAAAUGUGCUUCUGCAAGAUGUUAAUGGAAAUAUUGCACUUGAUUAUGCUGUAGAAGGGACUGAAUCUAGCAGCAUCCUUCUGAUGUACUUGGAAGAAAAUGGUGUAGAGCUGAAUUCCUUACGCCAAAUGAAGAUUCAGAGAGCUAUGACAAUGCUUACAGACGUCCGACAGCUCAUCUCAAGUGGAGGGAGUGUGAAUCAAAAGAAUGAGGAAGGAGUUACCCUGCUGCAUGUGGCCUGUGCUAAUGGAUACAAGAAUGUUGCAUCUCUGAUACUAGAUCAUGGGGCUGACCUCAAUGUAGUGGAUAAUCAGUACUGGACACCCCUACACUUGGCUGCAAAGUAUGGACAGACCAAUCUUGUGAAGCUGCUUUUGAUGCACCAGGCUAAUCCCAAUCUUCUUAACUGCAAUAAUGAAAAGCCUUCAGAUGUUGCAGCUUCUGAUUUUAUUGAGGAAAUGCUUCUGAAGGCUGAAAUUGUUUGGGAGGAAAAAAUGAAAGACCCUUUAGCUGUUUCUACUUUAUCUCAAGAAGAGCCAUAUGAAGAGAUCAUCCAUGAUUUGCCCACAAUUUCCAAUAAACUGAACCCCCUGGCUUUACCGAUUGCCAAGCAAGACAGUUUGCUGGAGAAAGAUACCAUGUUCAAAGAUGCAGCUAAAGGCUUAUGUAAGCAGCAAUCUCAAGAUAGUGCAUCUGAAAAUAUCACUGUGAACACCACAACCAAACUUGAGCAGAUCAAGCUAAUGCCUCCAGCUCCAAAUGAUGACCUGGCUUCUCUGAGUGAGCUAACAGACAGCAGCCUGCUUUAUGAGAUUCAGAAGCGUUUCAACAAUAAUCAGAUAUAUACCUAUAUUGGUGAUAUACUGUUGCUUGUUAACCCAUUUAAAGAACUUCCUAUUUAUUCUACCAUGGUCACCCAGCUUUAUUUAAGUAACUCUGGAAAACUGUGUUCCUCACUUCCCCCACAUAUUUUUUCCUGUGCUGAAAGAGCUUACCACAUGCUAUUCCAGGAGCAGCGUCCCCAGUGCUUUAUCCUCAGUGGAGAAAGUGGUUCUGGGAAGACUGAAGCCUGCAAACAGAUAGUGAAACACCUCACUUGCAGAGCCAGUUGCAGCAGAAAUACCUUUGAUACAAAGAUAAAACAUGUAAACUGUAUCUUGGAGGCCUUUGGACAUGCUAAGACACCCUUGAAUUAUUUUUCCAGCUGUUUUAUAAAGUAUUUUGAACUACAGUUUUGUGAGAGAAAAAAAACAUUAAUUGCAGCUAGGAUUUAUACGUACAUGUUGGAGAAGUCUCGUGUCGUUAUCCAACCUCUCAACCAGAGUAAUUUUCAUGUUUUUUACUUGAUGAUGGAUGGAUUGUCUGCUGAAGAAAAAUACACCCUUUACCUCAGUAAUUUAUCUGCACACAGGUAUCUAAGCCAGACUGUAUCAGAAGAGGCGAUGUUAGCAGCCAAUCCUCAAAACAGAGAGAAAUUCACCAUACUAAAACAAGCUCUAGGUGCUCUGGGAUUCAACAGCCUGGAGGUGGAGAACCUGUUUGUGAUUCUCUCAGCAAUUCUGCAUCUCGGAGACAUUCGCUUUACGUCCCUGACAGAUGCUGAGACAGCGUUCGUGUCAGACCUGCAGCUGCUGGAGCAAGUGGCAGGGAUGCUGCAGGUUUCACCAGAUGAGCUUGCUUCAGCCUUAACAACUGAUGUUCAGUAUUUUAAAGGAGAUACAAUUGUUCGGAGGCACACUAUAGAGAUUGCAGAUUUUUACCGGGAUCUCUUGGCAAAAUCUCUAUAUGGUCGUUUAUUUAGCUUUUUAGUCAACACAAUCAACUGCUACCUUCAAAAUCAAGAUGAGAGUGGCAGUGACCAGGUGUUUGAAAUUGGAGUAUUAGAUAUUUUUGGAUUUGAAGAAUUUCAAAAGAAUACUUUUGAACAGCUGUGUGUCAACAUGACCAAUGAGAAGAUACACCAGUACAUCAAUGAAGUUCUUUUCCUACAAGAGCAAGCAGAAUGUGUACAAGAGGGAGUUGCCAUGGAAACGAUGUAUUCUCCUGGUAACCAUACUGCAGUCUUGGAUUUUUUCUUUCAGAAACCAUCAGGCUUUUUGUCAAUGCUGGAUGAAGAAAGCCAAUCUAUUUGGUCAGUGGAACAGGGUCUUUCUAAACGCAUUCAGUCCUACCUGGAUACAUCAGAUACAAAUACAGUCUAUUCCUCCACAAAAGAUGGAAAUGGCAACCUUGCCCCAAAGGAUCUGGGCUCCUCCUUCACUGUUAUGCAUUAUGCUGGGAGGGUUACAUAUGAAAUCGCUGGUGCGAUAGAAAAAAAUAAAGAUUCCCUUUCACAAAAUCUCGUAUUUGUAAUGAAAACAAGUGAAAAUGUGGUCAUCAAUCAAUUGUUCCAAUCCAAACUGACACAAACUGGAUCACUUGUUCCUCCAUAUCAUUCCCUUAAAAUCAAAGGGUGUAAAGCAGCUUUGCUAAGUAAAAAAACAUCUGUAACCUGUGCAAGUGGAGAAGCGAAGAAGUAUAUUGAACUCAGCAAGCUGCUGAAAAAGAAAGGAACAUCCUCAUUUCUUCAGAGACUGGAACGAGGGGGCCCAACCACUGUGGCAAUACAACUCAGGAAAUCACUUGCAGAUAUUAUUGGGAAGCUGCAGAACUGCACACCACAUUUGGUUCAUUGUAUAAAACCUAAUAACUCCAAGCUGCCAGAUACUUUUGAUAAUUUUUAUGUGUCUGCUCAACUGCAGUACAUUGGUGUUCUAGACAUGGUCAAAAUUAUCCGACAUGGGUAUCCAGUACGUCUCUCUUUCACAGACUUCUUGUCAAGGUAUAAAGAUUUGGCUGAUACUGCAGCAGGAGAGAAGAAGAAGUUGAGUGCCAAGGAGAGAUGUCGUCUUGUUCUUCAGCAGUGUAAAUUACAAGGCUGGCAGAUAGGAGUUCGAAAAGUGUUUCUUAAGUACUGGCAAGCUGACCAUCUCAACGAUUUGUGCCUUCAGCUUCAGAAGAAAAUCAUAACCUGCCAAAAAGUUGUAAGAGGAUUUCUAGCUCGCCGGCGCUUGCUGCAGAAGAGGAGCAUCAAACAGCAAGAGGUCACCUCAAUCAAAAGCUUCUUGCAGAAUGCUGAGGAUAUGGGAUUGAAAACAUAUGACAACUUGGUGAUUCAAAAUGCCUCUGACAUUGCUCGGGAAAAUGACCGGCUCCGCAACGAGAUGAACGCUGCUUACCACAGGGACAAGGGAGAGGCUAGAAACAGGCCAGAAGAAGGCCAGAAAAGAGCUGAAGACAAGGGUGGGAAGGUCUCUGAGGACAGCUUUGCCGGCUGUCGAACAUCUAAGCACUUUCACUCCAGCUCCGUCCCCGUCCCCAUGGCAGUGGAUGGCUUGGUGCAUUCUGCGGCUGGGUCAUCCAUCAGAUCCCCCUCCCUGCACUCUGUUUUCAGCAUGGACGACAGCAAUAGCCUGCCAUCACCAAGGAAACAGCCUCCUCCCAAACCAAAGAGGGACCCCAACACACGACUGAGUGCCUCCUACGAGGCUGUUAGUGCUUGCUUGUCGGCAGCUUCUAAGGAAACAGCUAAUGAAGUACUGACCCGUCCAAGACCACACAGUGAUGACUAUAGUACCAUGAAAAAAAUACCUCCCAGAAAACCAAAGCGAAGUCCAAAUACAAAACUUAGUGGCUCUUACGAAGAAAUACCUGGCCAAAAGCCUGGGGAUGUAAAAAAAGCAAGCACAGUAGUUAAACCAGGUGUCUAUGACACCGUGGCAGUACAAAGAGCAGCUUCUACUGAUGGACCACAACAUGGCGUUCUGAAUCUCUUUAUGUCACAAGGAGAGGAGGAAAAUGAGCCUGUCUAUAUUGAAAUGGUAGGGAAUGCUGUGAAAAGCAGUUCUGCUGAAGCAGAGAGUCCAGAACAAGGAGAGUCUGUAUAUGAAGAAAUGAAGUAUUUUCUGCCAGAAGAAGGAAGCAAUGGUAAUGGAAUAAUUCCAGUGGUGACUGGAUCUCCUCCUCUGUUGUUUGAAAGCAAAAAAAAUAUUAACAUUGAAGAUGGAACAUUGGAUGGAAGCAGUCAAGCAGCUUUGAUCUAUAAAGAUUCAUGUGACAUUCCAGCCCCUUUCCCCAACUUGCUCCCCCACAGACCACCACUUCUUGUAUUCCCUCCAACCCCUGUCACAUGUUCACCUGCUUCUGAUGAAUCACCUUUAACACCACUGGAGGUCAAAAAGCUUCCUGUUUUGGAAACCAACCUAAAAUACCCUGUGCAGUCAGAAGGUUCAAGUCCAAUAUCACCCCAGUACUCCAAAGGCCAGAAAGGGGAGAAUGAAAGACCAGUAUCUCCAGGCUUGAUUGUGUUCAGUGUUUCCACCAAAGUGACUCCUCCUUCCACACCACCUCCUCCACUGCCACCACCACCUCCUCCUGUACCACCUCCAGCUUCCUACCGGGCUUCCACACAUUUUGCAUCUCCUCCAGAGACUUGUGCUAGUUUUCUGAUUAAUGCAGGGAAAACAGGUACAAAUUCAGAUCUGUCAAAAGUACCUCAGAGAACCAAUCCUGCUCAGCUUGGAUGCUCAUCUUCUCCAUUCUCCAAACUGCCUUACUCCCCAAAGUUGGCAAGAGCAGAUCACAGGAAAUUGAACUCAAAUUCAUCGUCUUCAUUUGCAUACAACCCUGCAAACUCAAGGUCAUUGACCAGUCCCCUUGAUGAGUUAACUAGCUUGUUCAACUCAGGAAGGAGUGUGCUACGAAAAUCUGCAGCAGGACGUAAGAUCAGGGAGCCAGAAGGUGCUGAAACUAAUCUGAACUUGAGGAGCAGGGAAGAUCCAAAUACAUCAGAUUCUGGAUCAGAAACACAGGAUAAAAAUGCAAAUAACCAUGGAACUCAGUCAUCUAAUCCAUUGUCCGGUUCUGUGACUGCUGAAAAUGGAAAUUCAGUAUCAAAUGGAUUACCAGAGGAAAAUGACUUUUCCAGACUGUCUGCCAGCACUACAGCAGGCUCAUCGAUUCAAAGGCACAGGGAGAGCCACACUAGUCAGGUAAUUCAUCAGCUUAGACUUUCCGAAAAUGAGAGUGUGGCUCUACAAGAGCUUCUAGAUUGGAGAAGAAAGCUGUGUGAAGAGAGAGAAGAUUGGCAGCAAAUAUUGCACAAUACUGAGCAAAGAAUCUCAGCCCCACCUCCACCCCCUUGUAAGAAGCCAACGCUGCUGAAGAAGGUAGAAGAUACCUCCUGCAACAGACUCUCUUCAGGCAUAUGGGAUACCACCAUAUGACUCAGAUGUGUGCUUGCAGACUGUUAGAAAUGGAACCAUCUAAUGACUUCAAGCUGCACAAUCAGCAAGUUUUCUUCCCUGCACAAAAUGUGCAGGGAUUUGUUACAAGCACUAAUUCAAUAGCACAGGAUGGAGGAGUUGUUUAGAUCUGUCACGUGUGUGUGUGUGUGUGUGUACAUGUGUGUAUUUGUUCUUUUCAUAUAUAUAUACAUGUAUACAUAUAUGUGUGCACCAGCAAGUAUAUAUAUGUAUGCAUGUGUAUAUAUAUAUAUGGAGACAAACUGCACUAUAAGUACUUAGUUUAAAAGUACAAAACAGUCACUAAGUUCUCCCAUGGACAAUGAAGAAAAUAUAUUAAUGAUGAUGGGGAGAAGUGACUGACAGACAUUUUGGAGAGAUCAGGAAAGUCUGUGUGCACACUGUACAGCUGUUUUAUACAGUACAAAAAUAUGUUUCUUGUUCCCUAAUGAAUGGGUUUAUUAUCUUACAUGUAUACAUAUAUAUAUAUUUCUUUGUAGAUGUCUGUUGUUCCAUGGAGAUUAUUUACAUGUCUAUUUCUGGUGUUUUAUAACUUCAUGCAAUUGGUGCUGUCGUUCUUUCUUCAAAAUACAGGUAAUAAAUUCAGUACUUGCAUUUUUCUUUUACAGAUUAUCUUUAACAACAUACCAAACAGUUUUAACACAGUUUUAACAGUUUUCAGAACUGGCAAUAUCCUUUCUAAAAUUCAAUCCUGAAAUUCUUGCAAAGCUCCUAUGUGUAGGAGUGAUCUGGUGCUGUUCACAGUCAUGAAUUAGAGACCAUUACUUCUUUUUGAUGGACUUGCAUUUCUGAAUGUGUGAACUGUGAAUUUGAAAUUACAUCUCAAAUCUUAUUUCAUUCUGGGUUAUGUAAAAUAAUGAGGCAUUCAUUUAGAUUACAAGUGUGAUUUGAAAUUCAUAACUGAUUAUGCAUAAGGUCAGGUGUCAGUGGAAAGAUACAUAAUGGUAAUGAGGUAUGAAAAUAGGUCUAUGAUUUACUGUUACAGGCCAGAAGGCUUUGCAGAGAUGGGUAUAUCAAAGUAUUAUGUCCUUAUUAUGGUAGCACAGUGAUGCAUUUAUAACUCAAAUUUCAUGUAAUGCAAUAGUUUCAGAAAUUGCAGCAUUCUAGUCAGUGUAGAUGAGUUCUGAGCAGUAAUGUUAAUUUAUGAAAAACAUGCUGCUGGGAACUUAGUUAUUGCCCAGCAGUCUUUGAAACACUGCUUUGCCACUAAAAGGUGUAAUUCAUAUAUAUUUAAAGGUACUUUCCUGGGGCGACUUAUUUUAAGUUCUUGGAGUAUGUAGAGCCAGUGUGGAACACUUCUCUUGGUUGUUUGUCCCAUUCCUAUUGAGAACCAGGAAAAAGUGUUUCCAGUUUUGCAAGUGGAUGUAAAACAAAUAUUUUAAAAUGUAAGCUAGGUAUAGAAUGGCAAGAAUGGAAGUUGUUGGAAAAGGAAAAAAUACAUAGAGUUGUAGGUUCUUCCAUCAUGCUUGACAGAAGUUUCAAUCAGGGUGAAUACAAAAAACAACCACAUGCUUGUUUGAUUGUUUAUUCAGGGAAGCAACAAAACUCAAACUGUUCCCAUGAGUAUCAUCAAUCUGUAGGCAGAAUUAAGCAUCUUCUCUUGCAUGAGAUUAAAACAGACAUUUUGAGUGGACAAGGAAGGGGAGACACCAAGUUAGCUCAGAAUUUUUCUUUGUUACCCCUGUUAGCUUCACAGAAGUUUUCUGUAUAAGAUUAUCCAUUUCUAUAUCAUGGAGAAUGAGGAACUCUAGAUUCCAAAUCUUACCUUUGACUGAUGUAAAUGGCCACAGACAAUUACUUUAUCCAGGAGGGGCAGGUAAUCCCGGUGAGUGAGGUUAUGCAGAAAACAACUCUCACCUGCUACACAGUUAUGCUAGAAUGAGGCUGUGCCUGGAAGAACUGAGGUUUCUGAUUUUUUGCUCAGAUAACCAGGGACACACAGAGAUCCCUCUGUGAGUGCAAAAUGCAACAGCUCCAGAACUGGAUGCAGAAGAGCUAAUUAACCUGAUCUUGCAGCUAUUUUGCUUCCAGGAUGCAGGUUGUUAUCCCUACAUGGCACAGCAUCCCUAUCCAUAGCCACAACAACCUCUAGCCAGCCAGCCUGGCAGUGCUGAGCACCUCGGAGCACUGAGACGUGCAGAAGGCCCUGAGGCUUAUCGCUCCCCAAAUGGGUCUGGCAAGCAGCCCUGCCAUAAACUCUAUCAUAUUGCUAACCCUAGUGCUCUCUAGCUGGCUCAGCCACUGCUAGCAAUCAAUCCACAGCAGCCUGGAAGUUUAAGACAAGCUGUAAAAACUGACUGAGAAGCCAGUUUAGAUCAUGCCAAAAUCCCUGCUGCUGCAGUGAGCUUGCUCGCAGUCACUUAGCUAUUUGUAAGGUGAGCUUGUGUAUCUCCAGAUGACACUGUUGUCAUUGCUGCACUUGGAAUGCGAGAGUGCCCAGAGGGGAGAAAAGGCAUUUGUCAAAUGGAGUUUAAAACGGGAAACAGUAUAAAUAUACAUUAUCCUACUUGCCGUCCUUACCAAAAGUUGUGUUAGAACUGUGAGCAACCUCAGGAGCUCAGCUGCAGGAGUUCAAAUGAGGUCUUAAGGAACUUUUUUGCUACUUGUUCAAAGUCCACAUUGUGCCCUAUUACAGCAGUAUGGACAAGUGUGGAAAAAAAGGUGUGUAGAUUUUCUAGCAGUUUCAGCAACAGAGUUACAUGAGAGAAGCCAGUACACCCCUGAUUUUUGCAAUCUGAUUCUACAGACAAUGAGCAAAGCAGAUUAUAAUUCCCUGUGAAGAAGGCCUUUGUGCUAUUUUUUGCAAACUUGGGUAAGGCAUAUAUUUUCUGGGGCUAUUCUUUAAAGCAUGUCACCACAGUGCAAUAUGACAAACUUAGAAGACUUUUUUUUGUUUGUUUCAAUUUUUUUUUUUUUAAUUUCAGGUUAUUACAUAAUGGCUAAAUUUUUACUUAGGAAGAUUUUUCAUUAUAUUCCAUUAAAGUACAGUACUCUAGGAAUAAAGUACUUGCUUUAAAACAUGUUUUAAAUAUUUUUAUAACGGCAGUAAGACACUCUAGAGUGUGACUUAUGAAGUCAUAAUUCACACCUAGUGUGUUCAUUGGUCUCUUGGCCUUUGGCCUUGAGCCUAACAAUGCAGUUAGUGGGGAAUUAUUAUACCAUAAUUCACACCCCACUGUGUCUUAUUGCUUAAAUAACCAUACCCCCAGAGGUGUCUUAAAACUACCAUUAAAGUUUAUAUUGUGUAUCAAAAUGUGUUUACAGGGCUGGGAAAAUAUACUAUUGACAUUUUGAAAGGUUGAAAAGUAGUUUUAGCAGAACUGUACAGUGCUUGUAAAUUAAUCUCCCCAGUGGAGUAUACACCAGCCAAUUACAGUAUUUCUUGACUAUAUGAAGUCCUGUCUUGCACAUUAAAAAAUAGCUUAGAAAUAAAAAAAGCCUUAUGAAUUUAAUAUUCUGAAGGGGAAAAUGAAACUCUAUGGGCAUGCUAAUGCCCAUAAUAUCCAGUGAAAAAUCUAAAAUAUAUUUAUAUUUGCAAUAAAGCAAUUUCAGGAUGCUGGGAUUAUCAUCAGAUAAUCACUCCUCCACAUUGUGCCUUAUUGCUUAAUUUUUAAUACGUGAAAAAACCGAAAUGCCUAACAAAUCAAUCUGUCCUUCAGCAUAAGGUAAGAGGAAUCAGAUGCAUUUUACACUUUAAAAACUCAUUGAUCUUAAAGCCAAGGAAAUUAUGAAACCGUAUUAAGCCACAAUAAAAGAAAAACAAUGUCUAUUGGCAGGAGAAAAUUUUUUAAGCUUGUAUACCUUACUUGUUACUCCUGAAAUAUCACUUGGUGUUUUUUAGUUGCUGAAGUUACAUUCCUGUUGCAGUUUUUAAGCAAAACUUUGCUUUUAAAACUGAUUUAGAUGUUCAAAGAAAUACAUGCACCGAUAUUUUUCAAAAGAUCUGUGUACAGCAUGAAGUGAUAAGCCUUUUAAAAAUUUGAAUUGUUUACAAAACAAUAGUAUGAUUGUUGAGUAAGUGAAUUGCAUUUACCCUUUUUUUUUUUUUUUUUGCCAGUGAUCCUUUUUUAUUCUAACGGGUUCAAUUACUUUCAUUAAUAACUUUGUUAUACUGCAGAUCCUUUGUGUGUGGGACAAAGAAUUUCAUUAACUUGCUAAGAAAGCAUAAUAGAUUGUAGCAUAGUUCUAAAGUGAUAGUAAUAGCCAUAUUAGUUGUAGCUUUUAAUUAUGCUGUAUAGUAUUAGCAUCCCUAGUAAUCCUGUUAUUCUUAUCUCUAUAAAGCCUGCUAAUAUCUGAAAUGCUCGGAGGAACUUUAAGUAAGUUUUACUAUUCACUUGUUAAAUAAUAAAUGUAACUAAACUCUGUACAAAUCAGUUUUCCAGAAUGGUGUUAAACAUUUCAUGGCUUUGUGUUUUAAAUAUACAAUUUUUAAAAAGAAAACACCACCUGAGCAUAAAUAUUUGACAAUAGCUGAACAAAAUAGAAGAAAAUGCUUUUCUUCCAGUUCUGCUGUUCUCUGUAUACUCAGGACUUUCCUUUUGAGAAGAAAUAAAUAAAUACCAGUGCUGGUUUA